CACCAAUGGUACCACCACUUGCACCAAUCACCCUCAUUCGUCCAAGGGCCGAAGGAGACCACACCACUCCCCGCAGCGGUAUAGGCCGGCCGCCCCGUCCCCUUGUCUAGUUGGGUCUCCAUCUGCCUCUCUGUGUGGCGUGUGGGUGUAGUUAGGGCUGGCCGUCGUCUUGUACUAGUCCUCCUCCUCCUCCUCCUCCUCAUCUUUCUCCUGCUUCUACUAUAAAGCAAGGCUGGCUGCCGGGAGGGGAGGUAAUGACUCGAGGCCGCCGUCGACCAUGGGAGGAGAUCACCACCAACACCAACACCACGGCGGCGCAGGCGGCGGCGACGAUGGACAGCAGCAGGCGCACGACAUGGUGAUGCCGGGCUUCCGCUUCCACCCGACGGAGGAGGAGCUCAUCGACUUCUACCUCCGCCGGAGGGUGGAGGGCAAGCGCUUCAACAUCGAGCUCAUCAACCUCGUCGACCUCUACCGCUACGACCCGUGGGAUCUCCCCGCUCUGGCUUCAAUUGGGGACAAGGAGUGGUUCUUCUACGUGCCGAGAGACCGCAAGUACCGCAACGGCGACCGCCCGAACCGGGUCACUCCGUCGGGCUACUGGAAGGCCACAGGGGCAGAUCGGAUGGUGCGCGUUGAGGGUAACCGCUCCAUCGGGCUGAAGAAGACUCUGGUGUUCUACGUGGGGAAGGCGCCCAAGGGUCUCAGGAGCAGCUGGAUCAUGAACGAGUACCGCCUUCCUCAUGGCGAGGCAGACCGGUACCAAAAGGAGAUUUCCCUUUGCCGAGUGUAUAAACGUCCUGGGAUUGAAGACAACUUUCACCUCACCACCAACACAAGAUCAUCAGGCUCAAAGGCGGCAGCAUCGAUGGAAAAGAAGCACCACCGGACGUCAGCAUCGCCACGCUUGGCACCAAUGUUCGACGGUGGCCACUCAUCAUCAGCUCACAUGAACAAGCCAUACAGUGGCACAAUCAUGGCAUCAUCAGCUGCAGCUCGAGCAGCAGCAACAAUGGCGCCUCAGACAUCAAUGGCGUUCCUGUCAACCGCCUCGCUUAGCUCCACCACGUCGACGGAGGAGGACGGUACAUCACUCUACCACAUGAAGGGCGCCAACCCACAGCUGCUGCCUUCUUCCACACACGCCCUGCUUAAUGCAAACUCCACUACAAUGGCAACCAUUCCCAUAGAUGAGCUGAGUAGGGCAAUUGGGUCAUACAGUAACCAGGGAAACCCUAACCAGCCCUUGCCAUCAUCACAAGGUCCAUUGCUUCCUUUUCCUAGCAUGGAAAAGAUUUGGGACUGGAACCCUCUCCUAGAAUCACCCAAGGUUUGCACAAACUUCAAGUGACUUUCCGAGGGCAUGCACGCACACAUAUGAUGCAGGCAUGAUCUAGGGCAAGAAUUAAGCUAGCAUUCUCAUGCCUGUAUGCGUGCUUAGUAGCACGUAUUCUAUAUAUGAAUACGGAUGUAUAUGCAUGUGUAGAGACUUAAUUAUUUGGGCUGGGACAUGGGUUAAGGUGUAAUGGAGUAGGAUGAGGCAGUUCUAGUCCCAUGCAAUGUUCCUCUAUUAUUCAGUUCAUCACAUGAAUAGAGGGUGUAAUGAUAUGUCAAUUUCUAUUUGAAAAUUCAGACCUUUGUAGCAUAUGAAUCGACUAGAAAUGGAAUAAAUAUUAUUUGGUCAUCUGGUCUUUA